AAGAAUAGAUACAUGACGGCGGGAAAAAUGCCCCUUUUAUGUUCCCUCCUGAUUGUACCAUUCUGUAUACCUCCUUUGGUAUUUCCCGUGGUAUGUUGUAUACCAUCCCUAUAUACCUUCCAUGGUACCUUUUGUGGUAUAUUGUAUACCAUUUCUCGUAGUCCUCAUGGUAUAUUGUCAUUUGACUCCCCAAAUCCUUGUGUUAUGAGCCAACAGGAGAUAACGCUGUCCAACACAGCAAUGCAGGAUGAAACAAUUACCCCGCAAGGCAGCAAUAGGGCGAACUCCAGAUCACGUGACAAGAAUGAACAUUGA